UCAAAACAAAUCAAUUCCUCCAACUUUCUUGCAAUCAUCAAAUCUCAAUCGAAGAGUAAUUAAUUAAAAUGGAUAGAGUGAGCAAAAUGGUGGCGGAGAAGCCGGUGGUGAUCUUCAGCAAGAGCUCGUGCUGCAUGAGCCACACGAUUAGGUCUCUCUUCUCCGAUUUUGGGGUGAAUCCGACGGUGUACGAGCUGGAUGAGAUCCCGCGGGGGAGAGAGGUGGAGCAGGCGCUGUCGCGGCUCGGCUGCAACCCUAGCGUGCCGGCAGUGUUCAUAGGCGGUGAGUUUGUUGGUGGAGCCAAUGAGAUCAUGAGCCUUCAUCUCAAGAGAUCCUUGAAGCCCAUGCUCAAGAGGGCUGGGGCCCUCUGGCUUUGAACUUUUUAUUACUACUAUACAAUAACAAUUAAUGCAAUUUGUAUUUGCAUUUUUGUGUAAGUAGUUAGAGAGCGAGAGAGGUUUUUUUGGGCUCUUGAGUUUGCUAGCUCUGACAUUAAUUAUAUGUACCGAGUUAAUGUUUUUAUUAGUGAAGCUAAUGUUGUUAAUUAAGUUUUAA